AUGGCUGCGAUGAAUUUUGAUUUUGAAGCACUACCCUCUAUUCGCUGCACGGGUUGUGCAACAGUACAAAAGUCGUGGAAAAAGCAACGAGUUCAGUUAAAUGACACAGUGAAAGAUUCUUUAAAGGGUCGCUACGAUGCUGGUGUUCUCGUUGGUAAUUGGUUCGAUCGGCGCGCAGAUUAUAAACCACCGAUUGAUAAUUGGAUUACUAGUUAUGAUAGCAGCUACAUCUGCAAGACCAAUUGGAAUUUGAACAAGGACAGGCAAGCAUCGAUCGAUAAUAAGAUUAAAGUGGAGAGGGGUUUGGGUUCCGAGUUUUUGAUAAAAUAUCGUGGUGAUCACUUUCAAAAUAACUAUACCACGACUAACGAUAUAUUUUUCCGACUCUAUGCCACCGAUACAUGUGGGCCGAGAGCAAGAAAAUUCUCUUCAAGGAAAAAUAUUUGGCUACCCGAAGCAAACUUGACCGACGAUUUUGGAAAUCAAACAAAUUUAUUCCCACCUGAGGUGACUCAAACCGAUGCAUGCGGCUGUCCGAAACAAACUGCUUCUCAAAAAAGGUUUCCAAAACCCAAAGGAGAUAUGAAUACACCUCAGCUUUGCCAUUUGGACAUCGAUCCCGAUCAGCCAUUCAGACGUCAUCUGGUGAAAACUAAAUAAACUGCGAUCAACUGGUCGAUCAAGUAAGCCUAUACAGUCAAACAAUUAUAACAGAAAUAAAUAGUUUCGAGAAAUAACCGAUGCUGGUACAGAAGAAUUAAUGAGCACUGUGCAGACAUUUGUACAAUUUGUGAUUGAUUAAAUCGUGAGUUCGUGUGGCGAUUAUAUCUUCAAUUACAUGUGACAAGUUCAAUGGAGCCAUCAAUCAAUUGCAUCGCAAAAGUUGUCAACGCAGAAUGAUAAUCAGUUAAUUAUUUUUUCGGUCAUUUCGAUCAAGUCUUGAUUCUUACAUUUUCAACACUGUAUUAGCCAAUUGCUGAUAUUUGCAACAAACGUUUUAGAAAAAAAACCCUGAAUCAACUAUUUUCGUUGACCUUUUACUUUAAUGUAUAUAUCUAAAAUGUUCUGUAAUUUUUCCUACAUUGCCUUUGUACGCUAAAGAAAACAGCUUU